UUUUGGUAUAUCGCUGCGCUGUGUACACUAUACAGAGGUAGCAGGCCACGGCUUAUUAUUUUAUAAUCAUCAUUAUAUUAGCCGUUUGGUACUGAAAUAGUAACUUUAGGAGGGAUAAUCAUUAUUUAUAAAAGAUAGGAAAUAAAGCCACAAGAAUGUCUUCGUCGCCGGUGGUUAUAUCUGCCGCUUCGAAGCAAACUGCUUCGGUUAUUUUUCUUCACGGUCUAGGUGAUACUGGACAUGGAUGGGCUGCUGCACUACAGAUGCAUAGGUUACCUCAUGUCAAAUACAUUUGCCCAACUGCCCCAUCUAUCCCUGUUACCUUAAAUGCUGGAUAUCGAAUGCCUUCUUGGUUUGAUUUGAAGACUUUAGAUGCUGAUGGUGAGGAAGAUGAAGAAGGAAUAAAAAAAGCUGCCAAUGCAGUUAUUCAAAUGAUUGCUGAAGAAGAAGAAAAAGGAAUUCCUUCUGAUAGAAUCAUCUUAGGUGGUUUUUCUCAAGGUGGAGCCCUUGCAAUAUAUUCAGCUUUAAGCUAUCCCAAGCCAUUAGCUGGUGUUGUUGCUUUAAGUUGUUGGCUUCCUCUCUUUAGGCAAUUUCCAUCUGCAGUUGUUGGAAACAAGGAAGUCCCUGUUCUUCAGUGUCAUGGUGAAUUGGACAGCGUAGUUCCAUAUAAAUGGGGUAAAAUGACCCAUGAACUCCUUAAAACUUUCAUGCCGAAUGUGGAGCUUAAAACCUAUAAAAGCUUAUUGCAUACGUCUUGUGAAGAGGAGAUGAAAGAUAUGACUACUUUCUUGGAAAAAGUAAUACCUUAAUUCUACCUGCAGAUGUAUUUAUUCAUAAUUUCAUUUAACCACAUUUUUGCAUGAACUUCAUACUAGUUUAAUGCUUUUCCUGAUUCACAUGUGAAAACAAGCUAUUUAGUUAUGAUUGAUGACUCUGAGUGUGCUACUUCAGAAAAGAUUGACUAGUUAAAUGCUAUUUUUCUUUUACUCUUUGUAAUUGAAUAACUUUGUGGAAUAAUCAUGGUUUAUAGUUGGAAGCUUUGAAGAAACAUUUGUGUGUUAACUUAGAUUUGUUAAAUUUAGCACUUUAAUAAGCGUUUGUCUUAAACGUUAAGUGCACUAUAAAUAUAUUUAUUUGUUCAUUAGUUUUUCUAUCUUUUAAAACCAUUUUCAACCACUUUUAUAUUUAUUUUCUAUUUUGAAGUUGCAAUAACAAGUACAAUCUUUUCUUGUAUGCAUUCCAUAAUAUUUAAUUAUUUUUUGCAUAUCAUACAACUUUAUCAGUAAGACACAGCUUAAUUUUCAAAUGAGUCUAUAAUGUCCCCCACCCCCUUUCUUUUGUACUUUUCUUUUUUUAGUCUUUCAUUCUCAUACGUUUUAAAAAUAUUUAUUGAUCCCUUUGAUGAGUAAGGAAAAUUGUUUUAUGGCGAUUUAUCUGUGCUUCAUUUAUUUUACUAUAUAUAUAUAUAUAUAUAUAUAUAUAUAUAUAUAUAUAUUGAAACAAAAACGUAACGGAAAAUUAAGCAAAGAAUAAACAAUUUUCACAUGUGGUGCAUUUAGACCAAUAUAUUUCUGAAUCUUAAAAGUUUUUGAAACUAAACAUCCUCCAUUUAGUAAGUUUUAGACCUUAGUUAGGUUAAGGGCAAACAACAUCAGAUCUGCCGACACCGGGCCAAGCAAUCAUCGCGAUCACCAAUGAUUCCAUUGCUUUCCUUAAUGAAAAGAUCUGAGCUAAUCGAAAGGUUACGAGACCCAUGAAAUCGGUAACGAGCUCAGCCUGAGUAAAGGAACGAUUCACGCCAUCAUCCACAAAGAUCAUUCCAGGAAAACCAGACGAAUCGAAACAAAUUUCCCGUUGGGAAGUUUUGGAGUGCUCCCAUAUAGUCCGGUCUUGUCACAAUGUGACUUCCACAUCUUUGGGCUAUUAAGAGAACAUUACAGGGGAAACGUUUCCAUUCGAAUGACAAAGUGAAGGAAGCCAUGCAGGACUUCCUCAGGAAUCAGCCCCAAUCUUUCUACAGCAAAGGCAUUGACAUGCUGCCGCAGCGCUGGGACCUGUGCGUCAAUGCCCAUGGCGAUUUCUUUUGAUUUACAUUAAAAGUAUUAUUUUUAUUCAACUUGUUCACUUUUCAUUUGGGCAACCUUUAUACGAAACAUAUGUUUCUCCUCAAUGCCAAACACUUUUAUGGAUGCAAGAUGAAAAGUUCUCGGCCUGACAAUGAAAGACUGCUGUUUUCAGUUUAAAAUUGAUUUUAUUUUUCUACAUAAUAUCCCUUGAGUUUAGCAAACUCAGUCCAGCAUUUCUCUAACAAUAGUAUUCCUUCCCGAAAGUAAGAGUCUUAUAGGCUGAGAAAAUAUUCAUCUCCUUCCCUCUCAAGCCCUAUCCAGAAAUAAAUUUCUUCAAGUUUCUUAGCAAAUGGACCAGAAGCAGUCCGCAGUUUACCUAUCGCCAACGCACCCUUGCAAACUGGUACGUUAUCCUGAUAAAAGAUUAAUUUCUUCUGCUGCAAGUCAGGCCUCUUCUCCAGAAUUUUGGCAUCCCGCUGGUUAAGAAGAUUAGAGUAAUAUUUGACUGUAAUUGCUUUGCCCUUCUCUAGGCAAUCAAUUAACAGGAUCCCUUUUGCAACCCAAAACAUGUUGCUUGAAUCCUUUUCAACAGAUGGAUCGACUUCUCUCUUUUCUUCGCUGAACGCCGGCUUCCACUCUUUUGAUUGUUGUUUCGCUUCUGGAGUGCAGUAGUGAACCCAUGUCUCAUCCAUGGUGACACAUUGCUGUACAAAAAUGCUCCGAUCUCGAUCGAAACAACCCAAACAUUACUGCAAAAAUCUGAUUUUAAUCAGCAUUCAGUAAAUGCGGCAUCCAUCUUGCGCCUAGCUUUUGCACCCCCAUUUCUUUGUACAAAAUGUUUCAUACUUUUUCUUCCAAUAUCCUCACAGCCUGCUGCUCAGAAGAAGUCAAGCAGUUUUAUGUAAUUUUUUGCUAAAUCGUUUUCAAUUUAAAAUGGAAUGAAGUUCUUUCCCAUAGUAUUACCAUCAUUUUUAUUUAUUUAUUUUUUUGUGUGUGACAAAUUUGAAUUUUCAAUGCUGACAAUAAAGAAUCAAUAAGGUAUGAAAACAAUUCAUGUUAUUUGUAUCAGUAGCGCUCAAUGGUAACUUUUUUAUGAUGUGUAUGCAAAAUUUAAUCAUUAUUUAUUUUUUUUUUUGAUAUCCUAUAAAUCAUAUAUUUUUUCAAAAUGUGUCCUAUAUUUUUUAAAAAAGAUGUCCUAUAUUUUGUCGGUUGCUUUGAUCCCUGCAUUUAGUUUUUACAUCGCAAAGAUUUUAUUAACAAAAGAAUCAAUUAUUUUAAAAUUCUUUUAUUUACUUAUUCAUUGGGCUCUAACUUUUUGGUCAUCAAAACUAAUAUAAAGCUACUCUUCAGGUAAACACAAGCCCUUUUACUCUUAAAAUUCCGUACAGAAUGCUCCUCUCAUUUUGUUUUAUGAUUAAGUACACUAAGAAUUUAAGAAUAUGAUUUGAAUUUAUAAUCAUAUUUUAAUGAAUAUGUACAUUAGAAUUAAAAGAUGCUAAUGUAUUGAAGUAAAUCCAUUAUAGAAUGUUUUUAAGUUAUUUUUGCAUUAUUUGUUUCUAAAAUGUUUAUAAUAGAUAUAUAUACACCUGCAUAUUCAAUUCUGGCAAAUUUAUGUGCACAAUAUUUAAGAACUUAUAUUUAUUAUACAUAUGUUAUAAUUAAGAUCAAAAGAAAAAAAAAACAGGAAGUAAAGAAAAUAAUUUUUAAUGAGAAAUUUAGUUUGGAAUUAUGUUGUUUCAAAAGCUUUUUAAAAUAGGGAAUAAGUUUAGUAAAAUAGACAAGUUCACAAUAAAAAGAUGAAUAUGUAUUGCCUAUGUAGUUUAAACCAUUUUCUUUGCUGCUAAGUGUAGCCCCUGACUAUACCAGAGAAUAUGUGACCUUGGAAAUUUUUCAUUGGGGGGAGGGGGCACUUGCCAAAUACUAUUUUUUUUUUUUUGCAUUGUUUCGGUCAUUUUCAGUUACUCAACUAAUUACCAUACUGACAAAUGAGAAUUCAGAAAAAUUACCUCAGAUGUUGAAAUUAAUUCAUUUUCCCCUAUACAGCUAUUUUUGCUGCAUUAAGGACAUAUAUAAUCUGUGGAAUGAUUUUUAACUGACAUUUGUAUGUCAAAGUUCUUAAUCUAUGUGUGCUUUCAUUAAAUAAUAUUUAAGCUUUCUAUCCUUAUUUUUAUAAAGACAUUUGAAGUUUAGAACUGUGACAGUUUAUUUGUUAGUUUUAAUUUAUUAGAAUGGACAAUCAGUGGUUCAUUAAGUUUGUAAAUGUUCUAGUUAACUGUAUUAUGUAACUUCGUUAAAAGUUGUGCUAUUAUAAUAGAGUGCAAAAAAUCUGAGGUAAUUAGUGCUGACACCAACCACCUUAGAUUAUCCGAAAAUUUCUUAGCAAUUACAAUCUACAUUAUUAGAGGAUAACAAAAAAAUGUGAAAACCUUUUACUUACUUAUACGAAGCAAAGGGAAUGUUAUGGCAGCGGAAAUUUUUCCACCUAAAUUUACAAUUCAAAUACCACAUCUGUUUUUGCAAGUGUUCCAAGAAAUCUGUAUGUAUUAUUUACAUGUGGACAACCAAAAAAUCCAAAAGUCCUUCUAUACCUGAGUUCAUUUCAACUAGUUCUCUUAUCUUUUAUCUCUUGUUUUUGUCUGUUGUGAGACUUUUUGUCUCUUGUGCCUAUCUCACACUAAGUGAUGAGUGCUGGAGACACAGUCCUCUCAAUUACUCUUUAUUACUUAACUUAUAUACAGUUCAGAAUGUUAUAUCAUGACUGUCUUUCGACUUUCAGAUUUGAUCGCAAUGCGCAUUUAGCUAGUAAAAUUUUGUUUAAUAGGCUUUAGGAUAUGUGGUCUCCACCGCAGAUCUUUUUCCUUUAGUCUAAUAAUGUACUGAUAAUUUCAUAGUGCAAAAGAACUACAUUUUUCUGCGGCCUUUCUUUUUUUAGACAUCUAAAAAUAAGAUAUAGAUGUGGUUCCAAAAAAUAAUGAUGCUCUAUGAAGAAACAAAAGGAACUUCAUUCUCUCCACAAAUUGAAGGAGUUGAACUUUUGGAUACCUCAAAUUAGAGGAACCUCUAACUUUUGUGACUCAGAUUUUCGGUACUCUAAUGUAUUUUAUUUACACAAAUCCAGUUUUAAUUUUGGAAAUGAAUCAAGUUUGGAAACAAGCUUUUUUUUUUUUUUUUUUGCCAAAACUAUAUCAGGAACUUUAUAUAAAUACUUUUUCAUGUGCUAAUUUUCAAUGCAUUUUUUAAUACAAACUUUAAACUAUUCAUGGAUACUAUUGUGAUAUUAUGUCACGGAAGAAAAUGUUUUAUGAACAUUAUUUCAAGGAUAUUUCAAAAAAUUGUGUUUGAAUUUUUUGCUGUGCUCUUUUUAUGCUUUUUAUAAGACUAGUACAUAUAUUUUGUAAGUUAUUUAUUUACUGUAAGUUAGAUACUUAAAGUUGCAGAUCAAGAUUAAGCAUACAUGCAGUUUAUUUAUCAAGAGUGAGAGAUUGUUAUUUUUUGUCUUUUAAAUAUGUUGUAUACUAUGCAAAUAUGAUAUAAUAAAUAAUAUUGCUAAUA